UAAGUAAAGAACAAUGAGGUCAGUUUUCUCUUUACUUACUUUUAGGGUUUCUAAGUAAAAGCGGAAGGAAAGAUGUACAAGACGAAGCAGCUAUGGUCUCCUCUCUCCGCCGCUUUCCGCAGACUUCUUCCGACGACAUGUCGUUUGGCUCCUUUCUCUGCAAAUUCAAAAAUUCCAUCUUUAUCCUCUCACCUCCGAUCUUCUUCUAGGGCUCCUUUACGCCCUGAAAUUUUCCCUGAUUCAAAAAUUUCCCUUCUAAGUUUCUGUUCGCAAUCCGCCGCAAAUCUCGAUUCUACAACGAAACCGUGCUGGAACUGCAUCGCCAACGCUCCUGGCUCGACGCCGUUCUUGUAUUGUGAUUCCUGCCGGAGCAUUCAGCCUGUUGAUUUAUCCAUCGAUUACUUUCAAAUUUUUGGACUAGAGAAAAAACAUGAAAUUGAGGUUGAUGGGUUAGAGAGGAGGUACAAGGAUUGGCAGAAGAAACUGCAUCCUGACAUUGUUCAUUCAAAAUCGGAGAAAGAGAGAGAAUAUGCUGCUGAACAAUCUGGCCGUGUUAUUGAUGUGUAUCGCACACUUAGCAAGCCGUUGUCUAGGGCGGUAUACAUUGGAAUUUCCACAUCAAGGAAGCUACUAGCAGGUGAGCUGCCUAGUUAUCAGAGAUUGUGGAGAUCACCUUCUGCAAGUAUCUCAACGCCUUUGUAUCAGUAUUUUCAACAAUCGGGAAUUUCCACUUCAAGGGAGCUACUAGCAGGUUCGUCUGAAGAGACGGCAAUUGCAUCACCAUUAACUCCUGUUUUGGCAAUAAAUAGUGGAAAGACUGAAGAGAAGAAAGUUGCUCCCAAUCGCACAAAAGUUCAAGCAGUGUUAAAGAAGAUAAAACAGAGUCCUAAGAAGGUCAACUUGGUUGCUGCAUUAGUUCGUGGUAUGAGAGUUGAGGAUGCUUUGUUGCAGUUGCAAGUGACAGUAAAGCGAGCUGCUGAAACUGUCUAUCAGGUUAUUCACUCGGCUAAAGCAAAUGCUACCCAUAAUCAUGGAUUGGUUCCUGAGCGUCUGCUAGUUGAGGAGGCAUUUGUCGGAAAGGGGUUAUUUUUGAAGAGAGUUUCCUAUCAUGGUAAAGGGCGAUCCGGAAUUAGAGAGAAACCCGAGUGCCGGCUAACCAUAGUAGUGAGGGAAACGACCCCAGAAGAGGAGGCCGAGAUAGCCAGGCUAAGGGUAAGAAAAUUCCGCAAGCUUACUAAGCGCGAAAAACGACUUGUACCCCAUGAGCUUAUUGAAACCACUCCUAUUUGGAAUCGCAAAGGCAGCAACCGGGAACCAAAUGGCAGGGCUGCAUGAGAUUGUAGUCUUUAUUUGUUUAACUUUGUAGAAAAGUAAAGCUCUGGAAAUGGGUGCUACGAUAUAGUUUUCAGUGGCCGGAAAUGAGUUUUAAGAUGUUGAAUUUUGGGCUGUUCCCCCCUUUCAUUAUCCGUUAUUUC